GGUUUUGGAGGUGGCAGUGGAAGUUCUACCAUUUAAUAUUUAAAAGAAGGAAAACCCUGAAUAGAAAAUUGGCCACGAACCCCAUAAAACUAAGGAAAAUAAUAUUUUAAUUUGUCAAAGCCGUAAAAAUAAUUGGCUAGGAAGCAGAGUCCUUUUCUCAAUCUCAAUCUCAAUCUCAAGAAAAUCUUUCUCUUUCUAAGCUUUGAACAAUUUCAGGUUUCCAUCUACCGGUCAAACAAGCCAAUGGCAGAAUCAAUUCUCUUUGGGGUUGCUGAGAGGAUUAUUGGGACGUUAGCUACUUCAGCUGUGCAAGAAACUGGAUUGCUUUGGGGUGUAAACGAGGAACUCUCAGGACUUGAAGACACCAUUUCAUUGAUCAAAGCUGUACUUGUUGAUGCUGAGGAGAAGAAGGCCCAUAACCAUCAUGUCAAAGCUUGGCUUACGAGGCUUGAAGAUGUAGUUUAUGAAGCUGAUGACUUACUUGAUGAAUUCUCAGCUGAAGAUUUGAGACAGCAAAUUCUUGGUAGCACUGGAAGUGAAAUGACCAAGAUGACCUUGCUGCAGGUAUGCAAUUUCUUCUUCUCAACACCAAAUCAAUUUGCCUUUAAGCACAAGAUGGGUCAAAAAAUAAAAGCUGUUAAGGAGAAACUAGAUGCUAUUAGAGUUGAUAGAUGUUUCUAUUUGGAGGUUAGAAACGAAGAAGCAAAAGUUGUGUAUAGAUCAAGGGAGCAUACUCACUCAUUUGUAUCUCAAGAAGAAGUUGUUAUUGGGAGGGAUGGUGAUAGAUUGAGAAUCCUAGAAUGUUUGUUGGACAAUGAAACUGAUGAGAAUGAUUUGGUUAUUCCCAUUGUGGGUAGUGGAGGAUUAGGAAAAACAACACUUGCUCGGCUCGUGUUUAAUGAUGAUGAGGUACAAAAACAUUUUGAUCUGAAAAUGUGGGUUUGUGUCUCUAGUACUAAUUUUGAUGUUCGAUUACUUGUUGAGAAGAUUCUUAGAUCUGGUUCUGACAGUGAGAGGUUUGAGAAUUCUGAGAUGGAGUCAUUGCAAAAGGAGCUUCGACAAAAAAUAGGUGGAAAGCGGUAUCUACUUGUACUUGAUGAUGUGUGGAAUGAGAACCGUGAACUGUGGUUAAGCUUGAGAACUUUAUUGUUAAAUGGUGCAAAGGGGAGUAGAAUAAUUGUAACUACUCGUAGUAAAGUGGUCGCAAAGAUUAUGAGCAAAAGGAAACCAUAUCUUUUAGGUCGUUUGGAUGAAACUCAGUCUUGGUCUUUAUUUAGAAAAAUGGCUUUUGCUGAAGAACAAGAUGCAACCAAUUCCAAUAUUGUGGAAGUUGGAAAAAAGAUUGUGAAAAAGUGUGGAGGAAUUCCUCUUGCUAUAAGGACGAUAGGAAGGAUGUUAUACUUCAAAAGUCCAGAAACAGAAUGGUCAUCUUUCCAUGAUGUUGAGUUUUUAAACAUAUCUCAAGAUGAAAAUGAUAUUUUGCCAACACUCGAGCUUAGUUAUAAUCAUCUUCCAUCACAUUUGAAACAUUGUUUUGCUUAUUGUAGCUUAUUCCCUAAAGACCAUGAAAUUAAUGUAAAAGACCUAAUAAAUCUUUGGAUGGCUCAAGGGUUUUUAAAGUCAACAAAUACAGCUCAGUCCCUAGAGGAUGUUGGUCAUGAGUAUUUCAUGGAAUUAUAUUGGAAAUUAUUCUUUCAAGAGGUGGAAGAAGAUGCUUUCGGCGAUAUAAAAAAAUGCAAAAUGCAUGAUCUCAUUCAUGAUCUUGCAAUACAAGUCGCAGGAUUGGAGUGUGUUAUGUUACCUUCGGAUCGGAAAAAUGUUAAACGUAAUACCCAUCAUGUUUCUUUCAAUUUUUGCUUGAAGUCAUCACGGCAAAUUCCAACUUCAUUGUCUCAAACAUCAAACAGGAUUAGAACAAUUCUUUUGCCUAGUCAACCAUGGUGGGGUAUUGAAGAAACAGCAGGUGCACCAAUAUGUGAUGUGAUUAUUUCAAAUUUUAAGUUCUUACGUAUGUUGGAUCUGCAUAAUUCAGGGAUCAAGAUUGUGCCAGAGUCCAUUGGUAAAUUGAAGCAUCUAAGAUAUCUUGAUCUUUCUAAACAAAAAUCAAGAUGUUGCCUAAUUCCAUUACCAAGUUACAUAAUUUGCAAACACUGAAGCUGUCAGACUUGGUUGGAUUCAAGGAACUGCCAAGAGAUAUGAAGAACUUAGUAAACCUCAGGCAUCUUGAGCUUAAAGGGUUAAGUAAGUUGACCCAUAUGCCAAGCGGACUGGGACAAUUGACUAAUCUUCAGACAUUGUCACAAUUUGUAUUGACUGCAGGGACCAAGUUUAGGCAUAAUAUUGAGGUAGGUGAGCUAAAGGAACUAAUGCUGCUAAACAACUUGAGAGGAGACCUCUGGAUUAAAAAUUUGCAUCAUGGAAAAGAUGUUAUUGAUGCAAAUUUGAAGGAAAAACAACAACUUCGGUCCUUAAGAUUGGGUUGGUAUUCUCCAAAUUAUGAAGUUGAAGUGAUGGAGAUUGUUGAUCAUGAAAUGACAUUGGAAGGACUCCAACCACAUCCAAAUCUUAAAGAUUUGCGUUUGUAUGGUUAUAGAGGCGUCAAUCUCUCAAGUUGGCUUCCCACACUUAAACAGCUCGUGAGCUUUACAUUAAAAGGAUGUUUGAAAUGCCAAAAUCUACCUCCUUUAGAUCAAUUCCCUUCUCUUAAGUCAUUGACAUUACAUGAUGUGCCUGCUCUGGAGUAUAUUUCAAAAGACUUUGUUUCGUCAUCAAUAAAUGUGCCUUUACCAUCCUUGGUACAUCUCAGUCUUAAAAAAUUGCCUAGUCUUAAAGGGUGGUGGAAGGACAUAAGAAAUGGUGAAAGUAAUAAUUGUUCGGGCACAAACACAAUGCCAUUGAUGGUAGUAGCAAAUUACUCAUUUCUGUCAUUUCCCUGUAUUUCUUCUUUACAUAUUGAGGAUUGCCCAAAGCUAAAGUUCAUACCAUUUUCCCCAUUCAUCAAAAGCCUUACAUUGGAAAAUUCUAUUUGGAAGCCAUUCAAUCAGACCAUGAUGAGCAUUACAAUACCACAAACUCAGACAACAACAGACGAAACACCAUCAUCAUCAUCAUCAUCAUCAUCAUCUUCUUCCGCUUUUAUCACUUCUUCUUUCUCUUGUUUAAUCUCCAAUUUGGAACAUUUGUGUCUAAGUAAUAUUGAAGAUCUACAAUCACUACCAAGUUGGCUAAAAUAUCUUGGUUCCCUCAAGAGUCUAAGGAUUAAGAAGUGCCCAAAAUUAAAGUAUUUGUCCCCUGGUACUCAACAUCUUGUCUCACUUGAGUAUUUGUAUAUUGAAGACUGCAAUGAGCUUGACAUGUGCAGUGCUGAUGUUGUUAUGUGGAAAGAACUUAAGAGCCUUCAUUCUCUCCAAAUGUAUGGUCUUCCACAAUUAAAAACUCUCCCGGAGGGGCUUCAACAUGUUAACACUCUACAGUUACUCUUUGUUGGAGGAUGUAAUAGCUUGAUGGCUAUCCCUGAGUCAAUUAGAAAUCUUACCUCUCUUUCAAAACUCAUAAUUUGUGAAUGCCCCAAUUUAGGAUCACUUCCUGAAGGAUUGCAGAGUAUCAGCUCUUUACAAGUACUAAAUAUUUGGAACUGUCCCAUUUUAUCACAGAGAUGUCAAAAGGAUAAGGGUGAGGAUUGGCCUAAAAUUGCUCACAUACCCAAUUUGCAGUUCGAGUUUGUAGAUGAUUCACAAUCCUCUGCUGCUUCAGGACAUAAAUGGAAAAUCUUUAAGAAUUUUCGAGUACCCCACCUGUGCAAGAAAUGAAUUCCAUAAAGCUUGAUGAGGUUGUCCAUUUGUUCUAAGAAUGGUAAUUGCAUAAACGGAGUGCUGGAAGUGGACACUUUACCCAGCAGAGCAUAAUUAGAUUACAGUGGAUGCUGAGACAAAAAUGGCAAAAGGAAAAUUAGUAAUCAUGAAGAUUAAGAGCUGAACUUGGGACUCUACCUCUUCAUAUUCAUAAAAGCCAGUUACCAAUUUUUGCUUCAGUGAUAAACUAUGGCAUAUGAAAUGUGGCAGUUGUUUCAGUUAUACCACCUCAGCAAGUAUUGAAAAUCAAAAUUUUCUGCUUGAGAGUUUUCUUGUAAUUUGUUAGUUAAAUUAAUUACUUCUUCAUGUCAAGGCUUUAGCAUGUGCAGCCUAAAGUUGGAUUAGACAAAAUAACACUCUUUCUUUUUGUGUUUGAUAGUGUGAGAGAAACUUUGUUGAUAGAUCGUUGUAUUUUCACAUUCUUGAUGCUGGAUUCUACUUCAAGUCAUUCCUCUGGAUGCAUACUCAGUUUUAAGUUGAAUUACAUAGUACUGAUUUCCAAUCAGUUUUGGUAC